AGUGGGGAGGGGGGAGUGCCUGGACAGAGAUGCACGCAGAGGAAAAAGAACGAGAGAGAGAGAGAGCUUUUAAGGGAUUUGGCAGUGAUUUGUAGAAUCUCACUGCUGUAAUGUUGCGCUUUUCCUCUACUUUUCUGCCAUGAUACUUUACCCUGAAUCCUCAAAAGUCAGUGUUUUCAUUUUGUCUUUCUAAAUCACAACUACUUCUUUUUUAGACCAUUGUUUUCAGUGUGUUGUGAUUAUUUUUGAGAGUGCACAGCGGCUGUCUGAGAUGAUAGAGGAUUUACUUUUAGUGAGGAGAGGAGAGCCUCUAGGUAUAUAAUCACAUUUCGGACCGUGGAUGGAGGCCUGUUUGGAAGAGCGCAUGUGAUGGAUAAAAUCAAGAUUGGUCAAUGAAGAAUGGGCAGGUGUCACAGGUAGAGGGAGUGGCCUGGUGCUGUCAGUACCUCUGCUGGUCAUCAUCAUGACAACAGAGUCCCGCUCAUCCCAUCAGUGCUGCUGGCUCGGUUCACCUUCUAGAUACCAAACAUGGCUUCAGCUGGUCUGGGUGCUGCUGGUGGGUAUGAGCCCGGGCUCAUGGGCCCAGCAGGGCACCCAGCCCCAGUCCAUCAAAAUUGAGGGCGACAUCACCUUAGGUGGGCUGUUCCCUGUGCACUCUCGGGGCCCUGCUGGGGUGCCGUGCGGGGAGGUCAAGAGAGAAAAGGGGAUCCAUCGAUUGGAGGCCAUGCUGUACGCCUUGGACCAGAUCAACAGCGACCCUGACCUGCUGCCUAACAUCACUCUGGGGGCCAGGAUCCUGGACACCUGCUCCAGAGACACCUACGCCCUUGAGCAGUCGCUCACCUUUGUCCAGGCCCUCAUCCAGAAGGACAACUCAGAUGUGCGAUGCUCAAACGGAGAGCCUCCCAUCAUCCCCAAACCAGAGAGGGUGGUCGGGGUCAUCGGGGCAUCUGGCAGCUCUGUAUCCAUUAUGGUGGCCAAUGUGCUCAGACUGUUUUCGAUCCCACAGAUCAGCUAUGCCUCCACUGCCCCAGAGCUGAGCGACAACAGCCGCUAUGAGUUCUUCUCCCGUGUGGUGCCUCCAGACUCCUACCAGGCUCAGGCCAUGGUGGACAUCGUCAAAGCCAUGGGCUGGAACUACGUCUCCACGCUGGCCUCUGAGGGCAACUAUGGAGAAAGCGGCGUCGAUGCCUUCCUCCAGAUAUCCAGAGAAGCAGGGGGGCUGUGUAUCGCACAGUCCAUAAAGAUUCCCAGAGAGCCCAAACCAGGGGAAUUUGAGAAGAUCAUCAAAAGACUGAUGGAGACCUCUAAUGCUCGCGGGGUCAUUAUCUUUGCCAACGAGGACGACAUCAAACGGGUGUUGCAGACUGCCAAAAAGGCCAACCUGACAGGCCACUUCCUGUUUGUUGGCUCCGACAGUUGGGGGGCCAAAAACUCCCCCAUUCAGGACUUGGAGGAUGUGGCUGAGGGCGCUGUCACCAUCUUACCAAAAAGAGCCUCUAUUGAUGGGUUCGAUCAGUACUUCACUUCAAGAUCUCUGGAAAACAACCGAAGAAACAUCUGGUUUGCAGAAUUCUGGGAGGACGACUUCAAGUGCAAACUAACCCGGCCUGGCAUAAAGUAUGAACUUGGUAGAAGAAAAUGUACAGGUGAGGAAAGAAUCAGUCAAAACUCUCAGUACGAACAGGAGGGCAAGGUGCAGUUUGUAAUCGAUGCUGUGUACGCCAUGGCCCACGCCUUACACAGCAUGCACAUAGACCUGUGUCCUGGCUACAUGGGUGUCUGCGAGAAGAUGGACCCUGUGGAAGGACGGAUGCUCCUCCAAUACAUUCGCUCUGUCAACUUCAAUGGCAGCGCAGGAACUGGAGUGAUGUUCAAUGAGAACGGAGAUGCUCCUGGACGUUAUGACAUCUUCCAGUAUCAACUGUCUAAUGUCAGCAACCCUGGCUACAGGCUUAUCGGCCAGUGGACAAACCACCUCCGACUCAAUUCGGAGGAGAUGCAGUGGUCAGGUGGUGACCGUAAGAUCCCUGAGUCAGUGUGCAGUUUCCCCUGCGAGUCCGGAGAGAGGAAAAAGAUGGUGAAGGGCGUUCCCUGCUGCUGGCACUGCGAACUCUGCGAUGGCUACCAGUACCUGCUGGAUGAGUUCUCCUGCGACAUGUGCCCCUUUGACAUGAGGCCCUUAGAGAACCGCACAGGCUGCCGGCCCACGCCCAUCAUCAAGCUGGAGUGGAGCUCUCCCUGGGCCAUCAUCCCUGUCUUCCUGGCCAUCCUGGGCAUCCUGGCCACCUCCGGAGUUAUUAUCACCUUCAUCCGCUUCAAUGACACACCCAUCGUUAGGGCCUCCGGCAGAGAGCUCAGCUAUGUUUUACUGACGGGCAUCUUCCUCAUCUACCUCAUCACCUUCCUCAUGAUAGCUGAGCCAAGCAUCGCCGUGUGCGCCUUCCGCAGGCUGCUGCUGGGGCUCGGCAUGUGCAUCAGCUACUCCGCCAUGCUCACCAAGACCAACCGGAUCUACCGCAUAUUCGAACAGGGCAAGAAGUCGGUCACACCACCGAAAUUCAUCAGUCCCACCUCUCAGCUGAUUAUCACCUUUAUACUUAUCUCAGUGCAGGUACUUGCAGUGUUCAUCUGGUUUGGCGUGAUGCCCCCCCACACCAUCAUCGACUACGAGGAGCAGAAGCCCCCAAACCCAGAGUUCGCCCGCGGGGUCCUCAAGUGUGACAUGUCCGACCUGUCCCUCAUCUUGUGUCUGAGCUACAGUAUCGUACUGAUGAUCACCUGCACUGUGUACGCCAUCAAGAGCAGAGGAGUUCCUGAGACCUUCAACGAGGCCAAACCCAUCGGCUUCACCAUGUACACGACCUGCAUCAUCUGGCUGGCCUUUGUACCCAUCUUCUUUGGCACAGCGCAGUCUACGGAGAAGAUGUUCAUUCAGACCACCACCCUGACAGUGUCCAUGAGCCUGAGUGCAACCGUGUCCCUGGGCAUGCUCUACAUCCCCAAGGUCUACGUCAUCAUCUUCCACCCGGAGCAGAACGUCCAGAAGAGGAAGCGCAGCAUCAAAGCCGUGGUGCAGGCAGUAACCACGCAACUGUCCCAGAAGUCCAACGACAAACAGAACGGAGAGUCCAAGAUCGUGCCGGACAGAUCACAGUAAAAUAAAUGAAACUGGGUCUAUGUUUUCAUCACUGUCACAAGCCCACACUGAGACAGCUGAUAGAGAGUGAAAAUCAGCAUUUACUUUAGUUUUGUCUGGAUUCUCUCCCCCCCUCCCCGGGCUGAAACGCCAGCAAAAACGUUCCUGGAUGUUGUUUCUUCUCACACUUACUUAGAUAUCUCAGAGCUACUAAACCUGGAACGAAGCACAAAAAGGAACAGAAAUGAUCUUCCUUAAAAUGGACAACAGAGAAGUGUACUGAAUGAACUGCAACAUUUAAGAGUAUUCUUUUUGUAACAACAUCCACAUAUACUUGAGAAGGAGGUGUCAUUAGUUUUAACUUUCCCUGGGAAAUGCUGUUUAGGAAAAAAAAAAGUUAAACUUAAAUGGCGUCCUUUGUCCUACAGGAAAAUGUCUAUGUAUGUGGAAAUCCCAUGAGGUCAAUGAAGCGUUGUUUACUGGCUCCAAAAGCACUGCAUGGAUUGGAUGUUUUGUGUGUCCAUGAAUGUUUUGAAACAUUGUUUGUCUGGGGUGUUGUCACUUUUUCUUCUGAUUGCACUGGAAGGAACUAACUUUUAAAAUGCACCGCCAUGUCCUGUUACUAUUUCUAAUACAAUCCCCUGGGAAGGUAUAAUCAAUCACAUUACUAUAACCACACACAGCAGAACCAUUCAAUGUCCAGUCACUAAUGCAACAAAGCAUUUUAUUUAAAUUAGUGUUAUGUAUGCAAUUCUUACCAUGGUACAAGGAGGUUUUCAUUGUGGUAACUGUACAUUUGUGAGUGCAAACAGGAUACAAGGUGAUUGUGAACCGGAUAUUUAUGUUCAACCUGGUACUUUUACUCCAGAGUGGAAAACAAUGUUUGGCAUUU